AAAAGAAAAGGAGUUGCUUGAUGUGAGAGUGAAAUGGACGUAAGAUUUUAUCCACCACCAGCCCAGCCCGCCGCUGCGCCCGACGCUCCCUGUCUGGGACCUUCUCCCUGCCUGGACCCCUACUAUUGCAACAAGUUUGACGGUGAGAACAUGUAUAUGAGCAUGACAGAGCCGAGCCAGGACUAUGUGCCAGCCAGCCAGUCCUACCCGGGUCCAAGUCUGGAAAGUGAAGACUUUAACAUUCCACCAAUCACUCCUCCUUCCCUCCCCGACCACUCGCUGGUGCACCUGAAUGAAGUUGAGUCUGGUUACCAUUCUCUGUGCCACCCAAUGAACCACAAUGGCCUGCUACCAUUCCACCCACAAAACAUGGAACUACCUGAGAUCACCGUUUCCAACAUGCUGGGCCAGGAUGGGACACUGCUUUCUAACUCCAUCUCUGUGAUGCAAGAUAUACGGAGCCCAGAAGGAGCUCAGUACAGCUCCCAUCCACAGAUGGGAGCCAUGAGGCCAAGGGGUCAGCCUGCAGACAUCAGGCAGCAGGCUGGCAUGAUGCAGCACGGUCAACUGACCACCAUCAACCAGUCUCAGCUGAGCGCUCAACUUGGUUUGAACAUGGGAGGAAGCAGUGUUCCUCACAACUCACCCUCUCCACCUGGGAGCAAGUCUGCAACUCCCUCACCGUCCAGUUCAGUGCAUGAAGACGAAGCCGAUGAUACCUCUAAGGUAUGA